UCAUAGUGAAGACGUUUUAGUCAGUUCGUGUUCUUCAACAUGGAUAGCAUAGACAUCACUAUGCAUCAUAAGGAGGUGUCCUUGCUGAAAAGGAUUGGGAGAGGUAGCUAUGGAGUUGGGCACGAAGCAAUUUGGAGAAAUAAUAGUGAUCGAGCAGAAGUCUCAGUUAAAAUAUCUCUUCAAGAUUUUGAAAUCGAUCAUCUUCGAGAAAUCCGCAAUCUAACAAAAUUCAAGCAUGCAAAUAUUGUCGCACUAAACGGUAUUUAUCGCAAAGAAAGUAUAGGACUCAUUUUUGAGUACUCAGGCUGUGGAUCACUCUAUGAUUACUUACACAAAAAGGUUGCUGAAGUUGCAUUUAUUGAAAAGCUUGACUGGAUGUUGCAAUGUGCCAAUGGUAUGGAGUACUUGCAUAUAAGAAAAAUAGUUCAUCGUGAACUUAAAACACAGAACCUGUUACUCUUCGAUGAUUUUCGCAUAUUAAAAAUUUGCGAUUUUAACACAGCAAAGCAAUUUGUAACGUCAAACACGGAAAUUGAUGAAACAGUUUGCUACAUGGCUCCAGAAGUUUGUGAUGAUAAUGGAAAAUAUACAGAAAAGUGUGAUGUAUUUAGUUUUGGCGUUAUUUUUUGGGAAGUAUUGUCCGAGAAGAAACCGUUUGAUAUCUAUAAAGAUUUGCACCCAUUGGCAGUCCAAAAGAAAAUUAUUAAUGGGGAUCGUCUGAAUAUAAAUUAUAUUAGGAUUCACCAUAAUUCUGAUCUCAUAACGCCAAUAAUAGAGAAGUGUUGGGAUGGAGAUCCAGAGAAUCGGCCGACUAUGAAAGAACUUGCAUCUUUUAUUGGAAUUGAUUGUAAAGUUUACAUACCCAUAAACUUCAAAGAUAUUGAAAUUCGAAGAAUCGUUACAAAAAGUAGAUAUGGUAUUGUCUGCAAUGCAUUUUGGCGAUCUGGAUUCUUCGUGAGAAGAGCUACUUUAAAAAUAAUUCCACCCAAUAAACAAAGGGAAAUUAUUAUCCUGCGAGAAAUUUAUAAACUUAGAGAUUUGAACCACAGGAAUAUUGUGACAUUAUAUGGAGUUUCUAAGGAUCUCGAUAACAGAAUUUGCAUCAUUUAUGAGGGUGAAGAUUGUGGAUCACUGUACCAUUUAUUGCAUUAUACAGAGGAAAACUUUGAUAUCUGGCUUAAAAUAGAAUGGAUACAGCAAUGUGCCCAAGGAUUGGCGUACUUGCAUAGCAAAAAUAUACUACAUCGGAAUCUAAACCUAGACAACUUGAUCAUUUUCAAUAAAUAUCGCUUAUUGAAAAUAUGCAAUUUGGGUAAAGCGAGUGAAAUUACAAUAAGUAACCCGGAUUUUAAUAGGAUAGUUUGUUAUGUGGCACCCGAAGUUUGGGGCGGAAAAAAUAAGUUCUCAAAAGCGGCUGAUGUUUAUAGUUUCGGCAUUAUUUUGUGGGAAUUAAUAUCGAAAGAUAUUAAGAAUCCGUUUGACUUUUAUAGACAUAUGGCUGAUGUGAUGCUUAGUGUAAAAUGUAUUAUUGAACUUUGCUGCCAGCACAAUGAUAAAGUACGUCCAACGAUGAAGAAACUGAUUCAAGAUUUCUGGAUAUUAGAUAAAGAUGUUUUAAAAUCAAAAAAAAAGAAACGUGAAAUAUUUGGUCUUACUGCUUUUCAUAUGGAAAAUUUGUAUCAUCUAGUAUUCAAAGAUAAAUAAUACAAAAAAUUGCAUUCUCAAG